AUGGAACAUGACUCCAAUAUAGAGUAUGCACUGCAACUUUAUCUGGAAAAUCUCGAUGAGUUGGAGCAUCAGCAGAAGGGAAAGCAGAUGGCUGGGAAGCUAACAGACUUGGAAUUGGCAAUCACUUUCAUGCAGAAUGAUCUCCUCGCUGCACAGGUCUCAAUUCAAGACCACGUCUUAGCUGUUAGUACUAGCACAGCGAUUGCUACCGAUCAGAAUAUUCUGAUGUCUAUCCGGCAGGAGGAAAUCAUCGCUCAACGAGAUCACCAGCUGGCGAGGGGUCUGGAUGGGGACGAACACGUUAACUUCGACAACGUCAAUGAGAGUGAACAGGAGUUCGAUAAUACCGACGCAAUAUCUACAGUUAUGGGAGACCUCAUGGAGCGGAUGACUCUGGCAAGCAAAGAGGAUGACGGCGGCGCCUCUUCAUGUUCGGCUCAAACGCAUCGUGCUGUCAUACAAUGUGGGUCUUGUCUUGAAGAUAAGGAAGCGUUCUAUAGAAGUUCUUGCGGGCAUGAGUACUGUCACGAUUGUACUCGGCAGUUAUUUCUUGGCGCAAUCAAAGACGAGGAGCUUUACCCACCACGAUGCUGUGGCCGAGUCAUACCCCCUGGGAUCACCUUGCGGAUUCUAGCUUAUCACGAACUUCGAGCUUUCAGUGAAAGAGCUAUCGAAUAUUCUUCGAAGGAUCGAGUGUACUGCGCAGAACCAACAUGUUCUAAGUUCAUUCCACCUUUCGCUGUUCGCGAUGAACAUGGCACUUGUCCAGAGUGUCAGCAGAGGACUCAUUUACCUUGCCGAGCUCUUGCGCAUCCUGGUGUUGACUGCCCACUAGACAAUACUCUCCAGAAUGUUUUAGCCAUGGCCAAUACAGAAAACUGGAUGCGAUGCUUUAAUUGCCGAACACUUGUCGAGCUUCAGCAUGGUUGUAACCAUAUUACUUGCCGCUGUGGUCGUGAAUUUUGCUACAUUUGCGGCAAUGUGUGGAGGUCGUGCAAUUGCCCCCUCUGGCACGAGAACAGACUGGUAGAAAUGGCCAACGAAGCCGUUGACGAGGAGGUUGAACCCAAUGCGGAUGCCGGAGUUCGUCAGGGUCUAUUUAAUCGUAUCGUAGAAAACCUGCGGCGGCAUGAAGAGGUUGGUUGUGAACAUCACAGGAGCUCACAAUGGCGUUGGCGCAAUCAAGGCAGCCUACAGUGCGAAGUCUGCGACUAUGUUCUCCCGGAAUAUAUAUUCAUGUGCACGAACUGUCGCAUGAGAGCGUGCAACAGGUGCAAGAGACAUCGAUUAAGAUGA